UAUGUAUGUAUUUUUUAUUGUAAUCUAUUUCAUUCUUUGUUUUUUGUUCAAAUAUCAGAUCUCAUUCAUAAUAAAUUCGAGAUGGAUUUACUUAAAUUUAACUAUAAAUAUUUACUUCUUUGUUUACCUUUUAUUUUUUAUUUUCAUCUAUUCUUUAGCCUCUCGCCUACACUUUACUUUUUAUCUAAAACUGCGCAAUGUUUACCAUUCAUCCUUCCAACUCGAGGCUGUUCUUCCUUCCUUCCCGAACAAAUAAAUC